UGGCUUUUUCUUUAGAAUUUAAAUAUGGAGGCCACAGGAACAGAUGAAGUUGACAAGCUAAAAACUAAAUUUGUAUCUGCUUGGAACAACAUGAAAUAUAGUUGGGUGUUGAAAACAAAAACAUAUUUUAGUAGAAAUUCCCCUGUAUUAUUGCUUGGAAAAUGUUACCAUUUUAAAUAUGAAGAUGAAAAUAAACUGUUACCUGCAAGAUCAGGAUGUACAAUAGAAGAUCAUGUAAUUGCAGGAAACGUAGAAGAAUUUCGUAAAGAUUUCAUUUCAAGAAUAUGGUUGACCUACAGGGAAGAAUUUCCUCAAAUAGAAGGCUCAGCUUUAACAACAGACUGUGGUUGGGGCUGUACAUUAAGAACUGGCCAGAUGCUGUUGGCUCAAGGACUCAUACUACACUUCCUUGGUAGAGCUUGGACCUGGCCUGAUGCUUUGAACAUUGAAAAUUCAGACUCUGAAUCAUGGACUUCCAACACUGUAAAAAAAUUUACUGCAUCAUUUGAAGCAUCACUUUCAGGGGAAAGAGAACUCAAAACCCCAACAGUUUCUCAGAAGAAAACAAUCAGGAGAUAUUCUGAUGAUCAUGAAAUGAGAAAUGAAAUAUAUCACAGGAAAAUCAUCUCUUGGUUUGGUGAUUCCCCUUUGGCUCUCUUUGGUUUACAUCAACUAAUAGAAUAUGGAAAGAAGUCUGGGAAAAAAGCCGGAGAUUGGUAUGGACCAGCUGUGGUUGCUCAUAUUUUAAGAAAAGCAGUUGAAGAAGCAAGACACCCUGAUUUACAAGGAAUAACUAUUUAUGUUGCACAAGACUGUACAGUUUACAGUUCUGAUGUAAUUGAUAAACAGUGCACUUCCAUGGCCUCUGAUAAUAUAGAUGACAAAGCUGUUAUUAUUCUAAUCCCUGUUAGACUUGGUGGGGAAAGAACCAACACCGACUACUUAGAUUUUGUAAAGGGUAUUUUAAGCCUUGAAUAUUGUGUGGGUAUUAUUGGUGGCAAACCUAAACAGUCAUACUACUUUGCUGGAUUUCAAGAUGACAGUUUGAUUUACAUGGAUCCUCAUUACUGCCAAUCUUUUGUAGAUGUCAGCAUAAAGGAUUUCCCUCUUGAGACAUUCCACUGUCCUUCUCCCAAAAAGAUGUCAUUUCGAAAAAUGGAUCCUAGCUGUACAAUAGGAUUUUACUGUCGAAAUGUUCAGGACUUCAAACGAGCUUCUGAAGAAAUCACUAAGAUGCUGAAAAUUUCUUCUAAGGAGAGAUAUCCCUUAUUUACUUUUGUAAAUGGUCAUUCCAGAGACUAUGAUUUUACAUCUACUACAACCAAUGAAGAAGACCUUUUCUCAGAGGAUGAAAAGAAAAGAUUAAAAAGAUUUAGCACAGAAGAAUUUGUCUUGCUCUAAAGAUUAGUACAUUUGUGCUUGUUGAGAAGAACUCUUCUGCAGGGGCAACAAUGAAGAGAAACAAGUUUACUUGAAACCGGCUUAUUUUCACAAGUAUCUUAAUUUUAUAUGUUCUUUAAAAAAAGAACAUUUGGAAAUAUACAAGUUUUAAAGGUAUUUUUCUGAAGGAGAAAUGAUUUAAUGAAUCUUUAUUUCUAAUAAAUAUCAAGUGAUUCUGGCUGCAUUCCUAUUUCCCUAAGAUCUGCUAACGAUAACUCUAACUUAACUAUAAGCCUUCCAGUCUUCAAAUUCUUCCACCUGAGGCCACUAGUCUCCUGAAGGUUUUUGAUAUAGGCCCCAAAAUUGGGAUCACCAAAU